GGUAUCAUCAAAAUAUAACUUACCGAUUCUCCAAUUGUACAAAACGCCCUUUGGCGUUGUAAUUUAAGUGAGCCUUAAAUUGUUUCUACUUUCUGGAGAAUUUGUGACGUACUUGAUUUGUUCAUAUCCAAAUUAUUUCCCGAAUUGAUUCCCGAACAUCUACUUAGAAUAUCCUUGCGCGCCCCGCGUUGCCAUACAAUCGAAUUCAAGCUGAAUAGCUUGCGCGAACGCGAAUCCAUUGCUGACCCAACCCGGAGAACUGUAUUGUGGAGGAGGGGUCUGUAGGUGUUCAAGAUGGUGGAUUUCGCGUUAGACAUUGAUGACGGAUCGAACGCGAGCUCCGACAAUGAACAAGAUGACAUGAUGGAAGAUGCAGAUGAUCUAGACCCCGAACUAGAUGGUGACGGGGAUGGAGACGGGGACGGGGAUGCUGAUGGAGACGGAGAUGAAGAAGGAGAUGACGACGACAAUGAUGACGAUAAUGGAGACGAUGACCAAGAUGAUGGUGACGGCGAUGGUGACGGUGAUGGUGAUGGUGAUGGUGAUGGUGAUGGUGAUGGUGAUGGUGAUGGUGAUGGUGAUGGUGAUGGUGAUGGUGAUGGUGAAGGUGAAGACGACUUUUCCCCUUCGCAGAACAGAGGAGACCUAGACACUUCGAACGAGAGGUUGAACUCGAAUGACACUCAAAUGAAUGGCGUGGGUCCCACCUCACAUCCCCAUCCGACUUUAAUAAGGACUUCAGCCUCGCCGCAACACAAUUCUGCUUCAUCGUUAUCCCCAAGAUUUAGAUAUGAAGUUAGGGCCGAAGCAUUAACUGCUUCUACUUAUGAUAUUGUACCAACGAUAGCUGCUCCUCAGAGUACCUCGAUCAAUGCGAUUACUGCAACACCUGAUAUGAGAUACUGGUUCAGUGGAGGUUCGGAUUGUUUCAUAAGGAAAUAUAAUGGAGUUGACACCGUUAACGGUAAAACACUACUGACUGUUGCUCAACGGCAUCCAUUUGUCGAUAGUGUAGUUAAAGCUGGUGUUCUUAUGAGCUAUUGGGAUAAUGAGGAAUCAAGUCGAGGCCCUGGCGGAGAGGAUAAUCCAUUGUCCCCCGUCUAUUCAUUGGCAGUACAAUCUGAGGCUCUUUGGAUGUUAUCUGGACUUGAAUCAGGAAGCAUAAACUUACAAUCGGUGCGACACGAUGAAGGGAAGAAGAUUGCCACUCUCCAAAAACAUACUUCUGCUGUCUCGGUUCUUAGUCUUGCUCGCGACGAGAGAUCUGUCUUAUCAGGAAGUUGGGACAAAAAGGUUCUGGAUUGGGAUUUGAAUACUGGAUUAGUCAGGCGCACAUUUGAUGGGAGUGGUGGUCAAAUCUCUGCAAUAGAAGUAAGACCAGCUUCCACACUACCUGUUCCCGAAGAAUCUGGCGAACCAAGCCCUCAAAACGGAACCUUCUCCAGUAACAUUGGGGAAAAGCUACUGUUGAAUGGAGCUUCUGGUGGAAUGAAUGGGACCAAUGGGUUGAACGGAGAUGCAGAUGGUAAUGAGGAUGCUCCUGGAUCACCUGCAGAUUCUCUUUUCGGGGGUGGAGAUUCAUUAUUUGGAGAUACAGAUGGACUAGGAGCUCCAUCCGGAGGAAACUUUGGUGAUGAUGAAGAUUUGUUCUCAAAAGCCUUGGAUAUGAACAUGGAAGCACAACCAGAUUCUUCGGGUGAUAUGUCUAUGAUGGAUGCACCACCUCUACAAAUUGAGGAAGAACCUGCUUCUUCCCUUCCAAUCCAAUCUGAACUACCACAGGCUGAUCUAUCUAAUGGCUUACCUCACUCCGAUGAUAUUAUUGAAGCAAAGGUAGAGCCUGAAACUCAAGAUGCUGAUGCAACAUCUGACUCCACAUUUCUUGCUGCAUCUAUCAACGGAACUAUUCGUGUCUGGGAUAGACGUCAACCAAACCCAAUUGCUCGGAUUUUGACCAGAACAGGAGUACCUCCAUGGUGUAUGUCUGCUUGCUGGUCACCUGAUGGGAACUACAUAUAUGCUGGCCGAAGGAAUGGUACAGUGGAAGAGUUCAGUUUGCAUAAAGGUCUCAAACAACCCGAAAGGACGUUUAAGUUUCCAAAUGGAAGUGGUGCAGUCAGUGCCAUAAAAGCCAUGCCUAAUGGGAGACAUCUUAUUUGUGCGUCACACGAUAUCUUACGUUUAUAUGACCUAAAGCAACCACAGACUAAAUCACAUUCAUCCGUACCUUUCCUUAUCGUUCCUGGCCCACCAAGGGCUGGUGUUAUAGCUGCACUUCAUAUCGAUCCAACGUGCAAGUAUAUGAUAUCAGCUGCUGGAAACAGGGGUUGGGAAGGUACUAAUACAGAGGUUAUGAUUGGAUACGAGAUUAACAUACCAUCUUGAAUAUUCCGACUACUGAUUCCAAUCAAGAGCCAAAUACGUUGGCCAUGAUCUUAUGAAGCAAUAUAUUUUGGGGAAGAGAGAAAUUAUAUGGCCUUUCGAUGGUCAUUAUAUGUUCAUUGCGUGAGACAGAUUCGGAUUUAUCUCGUUAUAAUAGUAUAUAUGUGCUAGCCUUGUAAGCACCAAAAAAAGUUUGGGAGAGGUAUAAUUGCUACUUUUAUGUAAUUGGAGUAGGAUAUUCGGUACAGGUUGAUCAAAGGCGUUUAGUGGAUAUGGGGAUACCACGGGUUGUUCUUAAUGGCGUUGACAAGACAUUCUAUGUUUAUACAUCCAGUUUCAUGGGACCAUUAAUGAAAGUUAAAAAUGAAAUAUAUCAAGACGAUUCUUGACUCUCUUUGCUGCCUUCA